AUAUAGUAAAAAUGAAAUGAGUCAAGUUUAUAAAGUUAUUGUAUUUGUAAAAACGUUGCAUUAGUUGUUAAACAACCUCACAAAAGCCAAGAUGAAAUCAGUUCAAUUUGUUUUAGCCGCUGUUCUAAUAGUAUUGAGUCACGUUUAUAUGAGUGCAGCACAAGGUCAAGGUGGUUAUGGUGGCAGUGUCGGAUCCUGGUCCAGUGCUAGCAGCCAAUCUGGACAGCCGGGAGCUCCAGGCAACACUCAAUUUAGUUACGGUUAUGGUGGUGUAGACGCUAAUGGCAUGCCCUAUGGUGGGUCUAGCGGUAAUGGUGGCUAUCAUGUUAAUGUAACCGAUGAGCAUGGUCGCCAGCAUUCGUACAGUGGCGGUCAAGGAGGUUUUGGAGGACAACCAGGCCAGCCAGGUCAACCUGGUUCUAUGGGCACACAUAGUUAUUCUAGCACCAAUACAAAUCGUGGCGGUUAUCAAAACUCUUCCUCCGCUUCCUCCUACGCUACAGCUUGGAGUACUUUUUAUGUUAUUUGUUUAUUUUCAUUGUUUUUAAUUAUUAAAUCUUAGACCAUUGCAUUUCGCAAUGAAGUGUCAAUUUAAAUAAUUAUAUUGCUCAGUGUAUUUUCAAAUAAGUACUCAUUUUUAUGGCUUUUUUGUCCCCCUCGAACAAAUAUUUUUAUUCCUUAAUAAAAAGUAAAAAAAACAUAAGUUAUUUUUGCCUUCAUAGCUGUCAGAUUUGACUUUGAUUUAUCUUGCAAAA